CGUCUUGGGGGCACCGGCGUCGCGUACACCUCGCAUGGCGCUCUGCUUAAGUUCCAGCGAGGUGGGAAGGGGCCGCCGCGGGAACAGCGGCCCACUGGGCCAUGCCUCCCAAGACGGGUGCCGCUAAGGGCGGUGCCAAGGGUGGCGCCAAGGCCAAGGCCGCGGCCACUCCAGCGAAGAGGCGUGGGAAAGGCAUGAAGGCUGAAGAGGCGGCAGCAGAGGAGGUGGUUCAACCAGAGGCUGCCAACGGAGCGGCGGGGUCGUCACCCAGUGGCGCGGGCGGCGCAGAUGGCAGCUCGCCGCUCGGGGUCGUCCACACCACGCACACCAAGGCGAAGGCGCCAGCGCUCAGCAAGUUGAAUAAGGCCCAGAAGCUGUCCGAGUUCAGGAACGCAACGGGGGCCAGCGAAAAGGUCGGCCUUGGGUGCCUGGCGGAUUCACAGUUUGACUGUGAGAAGGCCAUCGGCGACUUCUUCACCAGCGGCAUGGCUGACCAGGCCGGCAGUCGCGGGGGGCGGCGAGCGGCAGAGGCGCUGUACCGCCGCUACAAGGGUGCGUGGCGGCGCAAUCAGCGGUCACGGUGAGAAGUGUUUGCUGAUGCCACGGCUCUAGGGUGUGGCUAGUUUGGGCGUCCCUGCUGGCAAAAAGUGGUCGGGUAGCCCAACCGGGUAAAUGUUUGUAUCGUGUGGUAUUCAUGGCCCGUGCUGACCGAGCACCAGUGUUGUGGCCGUGACCGUGCACAAAGUGAGUUUCCUGGCGUUAAAAGGGCCCACCGGGCGCGGGCCACUCAAUGGGCCACUGGUACUUCCGGGGACAGGAUAGCACGCAUGCUUGUGCGGCCACAACAGGUUGUUCAGGUGGGCAAUGCUCUGGACGAUGCCCAGGUCCUCAUGCGCAAUGCCACAACGAACCGUGACCCUGAACAUGUGACGCUUUGGAUAGAAUUUGUGCAAGUUUUUAUGCUACGCAGCCAUCACGAGGAGAGGCCGGCUUCAAACCGAGGAGAGGAGAGCGGCUUAACCCUGGAGGCGUUGAUUACCUGACUAGCGUUGGGGUCCAGUGUACAGUUGAUAGUGAUGCCCUAGUGCCACACGCCGCUGGCAGGUGCUGUUGAAAGCUCUGCGACGGAAAUGGCGCACCCAUGAGUGCUGAUAUGCACAUGCAUGGUUUAUGAGAAGUAGUUGGCGUUCUUGCCGCACUAACCAGGGGCCCUGGCCCGGCCGUUCCUCUCAAAUCGGCCUUCCAAGAGCUCGAGACAAGUGGCCGGAUUCCUCCUCAUUUCCACCCUUAUUUCCAUUCAGAUUGCGCAUUUGUUCCAGCGGACACGCGCCGUCACGCAAAGAUGUGGUCUUCCGCUCUGGUCUACAUACGCAUUGGUUUCGCAACACUCGUCAAUAAUGUGGUUCCCUGGAGGACGAGGGAGCUCGGGUGGAGCUGUGUGGGCAGCGACGCGCGUGGGCCAAGCAAGGCACGGGCCAGCUAGCCAUGCCGCGGGCUACCAGCUGUAGGCCCGUCGCAUGGGGGCAGAAGAAGGAGUGUCGUAUCCAAGCUUGGCAGGAAAAUGAACUUA